AAGGGAAAAAAAAAAAAAAAAAAAAAAAAAAAAACCGCGAGAAAUUCUCCGGAGGCCGAGCAUGCACGCACAGCCGCGGCACCACUACCGGCCCCAGCCGCCCGGCGGUUCCGCGGCCCCGCAGCAGCGCCUGCGCGGCCGCCCGCCCGCGCUCGCCGGCCCCCGAAGCUUCGUGAAGAUUCCGGAAGGCUCCGGCCGGCUCUUUCCGCCGCGGGAGCUGCCCCGCCCCCGAUGCUGCUGCCCGGCUUCCUUCCUCCCUUCCCUCUUCCUUCCGCCGUGUUUCACCGGGCUCGGCUCUCCCGGUGCUGCGGUCAUGUCGCUGCUCUGCUACAACCGGGGCUGUGGGCAGCGCUUCGACCCCGAGAACAACACGGAGGGUUCAUGCACAUACCAUCCAGGUGUGCCUGUUUUUCAUGAUGCUCUCAAAGGUUGGUCAUGUUGUAAGAGGAGAACAACAGACUUUUCUGACUUCUUAAGCAUUGUGGGUUGUACAAAGGGUCUCCAUAACAGUGAGAAACCUCCUGAGCCUGUUAAACCAAAAGUCAAAACUACUUCUGAACGAAAGGAGCUAGCUGAACUGAAACCCAAAUUUCAAGAACACAUAAUUCAGGCACCAAAACCAUUGGAAACAAUUAAGAGACCAAGCCCAGAUGAGCCAAUGACAAAUUUGCAGCUGAAAGUGUCAGCUUCCUUGAAACAAGCUCUUGAUAAACUGAAACUGUCAUCAGAAAAUGAAGGGAGAAAAGACGAAGAUAGUGAUGAAAUCAAGAUUGGGACGGCAUGUAAAAAUGCAGGCUGUUCAAAAACAUACGAAGGACCACACAGCACAGAGGAAGUAUGUAUCUACCAUUCUGGUGUACCUAUAUUCCAUGAAGGGAUGAAGUAUUGGAGCUGUUGUAAAAGAAAAACUUCUGACUUCAAUACAUUUUUAGCUCAAGAAGGCUGCACAAGAGGACCACACGUAUGGACUAAAAAGGAUGCAGGUACAAAAGUAGUUCCAUGCAGGCAUGAUUGGCACCAGACUGGAGGAGAAGUGACUGUUUCUGUAUAUGCUAAAAACUCUGUCCCUGAUCUGAGCUACGUAGAAGCUAAUAGCACAAUGGUAAAUAUCCAUAUUGUAUUUGAAGGAGAAAAGGAGUUUCACCGUAGUGUGAAGUUGUGGGGAGUGAUUGAUGUAAAGAGGAGUUAUGUGAACAUGACCGCUACAAAGAUUGAGCUCACUAUGAGAAAAGCAGAGCCCCUGCUAUGGGCAAGUCUGGAGUUACCAGUAUCCAACACACAACCAAAACAGGAGAGUUCGGAUCAGUAACAAUUCCAAGAGACAAGUUAUUUCCCAUGAUGAAGUGGUGACUUGCUACUGUAAUCAAAUAUUUAACUUUUAUAUAAAUUUUUUUUUUUUUAAUGCUAGUUCAUCUGUUCCCUUCUAGAAAGAAAUUUGACGCACAGUAAAUGGGGAUGUAAACUUGAAAGGGUAACAGUUAUUUCUGCUCUUGCUCCCCUGGGUAUGUUUAUGCUAGAUGCAAUGUCUCCAUGGGAAUUCAGAGUAAAACAGCUAUUGCCCUUUGCUUGCAACCUUCCCUACUAUGCACUGACUAUCCCAGUAGAUGUGCUCUCUGUUCAUAGUGAGUGUCUUUGUUUUUCAGCUGUUCCCUUUAGACUGGAUGCAUUUGGUAGCCCGUGUUAAAUUCAACACUGUUAUGAAACAUACAGUAAUGCAGAUACAAAAAUCUGAGAUUGAACUGAUUAGCAUGUAAUUCUACAUCUAGAGUAAAAGGUUAUAUAAACAGAAAUAGGUAGUAGUACACUUGUAGGCUUUCAUGUUGUGAAACAAAGGUUUGUUUCAAUUACCUGUUGGCUAUGGAGGAAUGAAAUGAACGGUGUUAUUCCAAGGAUUUCAGUACUUGCUGACUCCUGCUGUCUUUCAUGUAUCAAAGCAGAUCAGGUUAAAAUUUUAAAAAAAAAGGUGGCAAGAAGGGAUUUAUUUAACUCGUUUACGUUUGCUAUUUGAAUGGUUAAAUAUAAAAGCAAAUGGACAGUGAAAUGGCUGUGUAACUUAGCAUUUCAGCUGUGCAGAGUAUGCAAACAGGAAACUAUUAUAAAAUUACCAAAGUGCUGUAUGUAUUUGGCAGCCUUUAGAAUGUAUAGUUUGUCCUAUUUUACAACACCAAAAAUAUCAAGACUCAAAGUAGAUGGAUGGAUAUGUGUAGUAAGAGAAGCCAGGACACCCUGUAGGUGUCUUGGUAAAACAAUUUCCACAUAGAUAUGUGUAUCCUUGAUUCUGAGAAUGGUGACAGUCAUCUAAGAACUGCAGUUAUAUACAGGACAAAUCUUAGGAGAAACAACAUGCUUUAAAAUGUCUGUCUCAAAUUGUAAUUGUACCUUUGAAUCAAAAUACUUUAAAAGAAUACUGUAUCUUUUGAGCAGACUGUAAUUAGAAAUUAAGAUCUUAGUUUUGUUUUCAGUUUAUCAGUAAAGGUGUGUGGCUGCAAACAGGAUAGCUGUAAAAAUGAGAUUUUUUUUUU